AUGAAGGCGUACCCGGUCGGCAACAUCAAUUUGCCGGUCACGUUCGGCAACAAAACCAACUUCCGCACUGAGACCCUCACGUUCGAGGUGGUGGACUGGAAGGGGGCGUACCAUGCCAUUCUCGGGCGCCCCGCCUACGCCAAGUUCAUGGCAGUGCCCAACUACACCUACCCCAAGCUCAAGCUGCCAGGCCAAAGUGGAGUCAUCACGGUGAGCGGCUCCUUCAAGAAGGCCUACGUCAGCAGCCGCGAGUACUAUGAUCUCGCCACCACUGCGGCGAACUCGGCUGAGCUCGGCCAGUUUCACGCCACCACUGCCGAGUGUCGUCCUGACCUUGGCAAACCCAUCCAGGCACCGGCCUUCGUCUCAACCGAUGAGACCAAGUCGGUCGCGGUCGACGACGCGGAUCCAACCAAGAUGGUGCGGGUCGGCUCCCAGCUGUCGACCAAAUAG